AGCCUUCGACGAACAACACUUCUUUCGAAAAGAGCUUCGGGACCUUGUAGAAGACAUAAUACUUCUUCAAAGGCAAUUACUUCACAACCUUUCCCAUCUUGUACAGUACGCCAACUCCACACAACAACAGCAAGAAUGGUUCCGCCAAUCGCACAAAACCGCACACUUCUCUCGUCGCAUCCCGACAAGGUGCGCAUGCUUGUUCUUGAGACAGAUGAGACACAUCCCGACACUCAAAAAGAGACUGGUUCCUUUGGGGUUGUAUUAGGCGAACUUCUGAAAAAGGCUGGAGAUGAGCAUAACCCUAGUCUAGGCAUCGAAACAGCGAUGCAAUAUGUCGUUGAACCAGAAGGUGGCGCAAUACCGAAACUGGAAGAAAUAGGAGACGAUAUACACGCCAUUCUCAUCACGGGUAGUUGCUGGGACGCACACGGCGACGACGAAUGGAUACUCAAGCUCAUGAAAUUUAUCAGAGACGUAUGGAUCCACCGUCCCGACAUCCGCUUUACAGGAAUUUGUUUUGGCCACCAAAUCCUCUGCCGCACCCUCGGCUCAACCGUGAAGCCGCAGAAAGACGGCGAGUGGGAGCUCUCACACCAACCCAUCCAUUUAUCCGCCAUGGGCCGCUCUCUAUUCGACGUGCCAGAAAACACACAGAAGAUUCAUCUCCACCAAAUGCAUCUUGACCACGUUGUCAACGCCCCGUCACAUGAGACUACCGAUUUGAUAAAGGAGGGUACCAAGGUGCAUGUUUGGGGUACGAGUGAUCAUACCGGUGUACAGGGUGUUUACAUCCAAAAGAGGUUGUUUACGACGCAAGGACAUAUGGAGUUUGAUGAGAAGUUGGUUAAGAGACAGUUGGAGAUGAGGGUGGAGAGUGGGAGUGUGAAGAAGGAGGAUGCUAAUGAGGCGGCUUUGAGGGCGGACUGGAUGCACGAUGGGCUGUUGGUUGCUAAGGCUGUGCUGAGGUUCUUCCAUGGUGAUGAUGACGAGUUUGUAUGAGGGCGUGAAUUCUGAAGAUCUGCGAGGAAAGGUUUAGCAUGGGUCGGCUUCUUGCUUGCGUUUAGUGUUUCUAAAAAUGGGUAUGAGCGGUACUGGCAGAAACCGUUACAAAUUUGGAGUUGGUCCUUCACCUUCAGCAUGCGAGGAGCAUAGGUGUAGCGAGUACUAAGGAAUCUUUUCAUAGCCCCACUCAGGGGUGAGCAGUAGCAUACUUCGACUUGUACACACUCUGGCAGCGAUAGGUUUAUAGUUGAGAAUCAUUACA